GUGAACUGAGCACGCGCAUGUGUGAAGCUGAUGCAGGAUGGAGAAUUGUUCGUAACUAAAUUCGCGGAGUUUUAAACAUCUACCGGAACAUUGAAAGGAAGGAUUUACAGAUAGGUAUAAGGAAUCAAACACCAUGCUGAGGUCGAACACAUUCACUUGAGUCACCCAGUCCUGAAUAUCAUCGACAUUUGACUGUAGACAGAGAAAUAUUUUUUUGUGACUGUGGCAAAAGAUUUCAGAUAUCAGUGUGACUGGAAAAAUACCAAGACACUUAUACACACAAACAUCUGAGUGGAAGUGUCCCAGUGGAAAGAGCUUGAACAAGCCACAUAACCUGAGUGCAAGUGUUGCAGUGGACUGAUUGUACAAAAAGGUUUAACCAGUUAUAGAAAGUUUUAAAAGGUACCAUAUCAUUCACAGCAGGGAGGGAUCAUUGACGUAUCCUAUGUGUAGAUAAGGAAAUAAACAGACACAUGCGCUAUGGAGAAACCAUGGAAAUGUGAGGACUGUGGUAAAGGAUUCAAUUAUCCAUCCCGGCUAGAAAUUCAUCGACGCAGUCACACUGGGGAGAAGCCAUUCACCUGCUAUGUGUGUGGGAGGGGAUUCACUGAUACAACCAAACUUGUGUUACACCAGCGAACACACACUGAGGAGAGGCCGUUCCACUGCACUCAUUGUGGAAUGAUGUUCAGGAGUGCCUCCACCCUGCUGAGACACCAGCAGCUUCACUCUGGGGAGAGACCAUUCACCUGCUCUGUUUGCGGGAAAGGAUUCGCCCAGUCCUCUGGCCUUUGUACACACCAGCGAAUUCACAACGAGGAGAGGCCGUUUGGUUGCACUCACUGUGGAAAAAGAUUCAGGCAGUUUUCUGAGCUCAGCGCACAUCAAUGGGUUCACACCGGGGAGAGGCCAUUCACUUGCUCCAUGUGUGGGAAGGGAUUCACUCAGUCAUCCACCCUCCUGAGACACCAGCGAGUUCACACUGAGGAGAGGCCAUUCAGCUGCACUUCGUGUGGUAAGAGUUUUCGGCAGUCAUCUGACCUCAAAGCGCACCAGAGAGUUCACACUGGGGAGAGACCAUUCAGCUGUUCCGUGUGUGGGAAGAGAUUCACUCGGUCAUCCCAUCUACUGACACAUCAGAGAGUUCAUACAGAAGAAAGCACCGCUCACCAUGUGGAAAAAUCGCACACGUGCUCAGAAUGUGGACAAGGCUUCAAUCAAACAUCUGCUCUGUCAAAGCACAAACGCAUUCACGACAUGGGGAGAUAUUCCUGUGGUGAUUGUGAGAAGCGAUUCAAUUCUUUAUCCAACCUGGAUUCUCAUCGGCGCAGUCACUCGGAGGAGAGACCUUAUACCUGCUCCACCUGUGGGAAGGGAUUCACUUGGCCAUCCAGCCUUGCGGCGCACCAGCGAGUUCACACUGGGGAGAGACCAUUCACGUGCUCAAAGUGCGACAAAGACUUCACUUUUUCAUCCAACCUGCUGAGACACCAGCAAGUUCACAGUGAAGAGAGGCCAAUCAACUGCUUUGUGUGUGGGAAGGGAUUCAAAAAUUCAGCUGGCCUGCGGAAGCACGAGGUCAUUCACACCGAUGAGAAACCAUUCAAGUGCUCCGAUUGUGGAAAGAGGUUUAAGCAGUCGUACCACCUGCAGGCACACCAACGCAUUCACACCAGGGAGAAGCCGUUCAGCUGCUCAGAGUGUGGGAAGGGAUUCAGUCAGAACAGUAACCUGAUGGAGCACCAGUGGAUUCACAAGGAGGAGAAACCUAUUAAAUGCCCUGAAUGUGGAAAGGGGUUUACUCAUUCCUACCGCUUGAGAGUGCAUCAGCUCGUUCACACGGUCAAACUGGAGAGACACAAGGACAGCGGCAGCAUGGAGAAACCAUGGAAAUGUGAUGACUGCGGUAAAGCCUUCAUUUACCGAUCCCGUUUGGAAUAUCAUCAACGCAGUCACAAUGUGGCUGACAGUGCAGAUAAACCAUGGAAAUGUGAGGAUUGUGGUAAAGGAUUCAAUUAUCCAUCCCUGCUGGAAAUUCAUCGACGCACUCACACUGGGGAGAAGCCAUUCAUAUGCUCCGUAUGUGGGAGGGGAUUUUCUAAGUCAGCCAACCUCAUGCUACACCAGCGAGUUCACACUGAGGAGAGGCCAUUUACCUGCACUUAUUGUGGGAAAAGAUUCAGACAGUCGUCUACCCUCACCGCACACCAGCGACUUCAUACUGGGGAGAGACCGUUCACCUGCUCUGUGUGUGGGAAAGGAUUCACUCAGUCCUCCAUCCUGAUGAUACACCAACGUACUCACACAGGGGAGAAGCCAUUUACCUGCUCAGUGUGUGGGAAAGGAUUCACUCAGUCAGCUAACCUGGUAGUACACCAGCGAAUUCACACUAAGGAGAGGCCUUUCAGCUGCACAUCCUGUAGAAAGAGAUUCAAAUCUUCAUCAGAACUCCUGUCACACCAGCGAGUUCACAUUGGCGAGAGACCAUUCACCUGCUCUUUGUGUGGGAAGGGAUUUACUCAGUCAUCUGCUCUACUGACACACCAGCGAAAUCACACUGGGGAGAAGCCAUUCAGCUGCUCGGUGUGUGGGAAGGGCUUCACUCAGUCGGCUAACCUUGUGGUACAUGAGCGAAUUCACACUGAGGAAAGGCCAUUCAGCUGCACGCAAUGCGGAAAAAGUUUCAGGCAGUUAUCCACCCUCACUGCACAUCAGCGGGUACACACGAGGGAGAGACCAUUCACCUGCUCUGUGUGUGGGAAGGGAUUUACUCAGUUAGCCAGCCUCACAUUGCACCAGCGAAUUCAUCGCGAGGAGAGGCCGUUCAGCUGCACUCAUUGUGGGAAGGGAUUCAGGCAGUCUUCCGAUCUCACUGCACACCAGCGAAUCCACACUGGGGAGAAGCCAUUUAUCUGCUCCGUGUGUGGGAAGGGAUUCACCCAUUCGUCUGGCCUUUGGUCACACCAGCGAGUUCACACUGAGGAGAAGCCAUUCAGCUGCAGUGCUUGUGGAAAGGGAUUCAGGCAGUCAUCCUACCUCCGGUCACAUCAGCGGGUUCACACAGGGGAGAAGCCAUUCACCUGCUUUGUGUGUGGCAAGGCAUUUGCUCGGUCUUCAAACUGCCUGAUACACCAGCGAAUUCACUCUGAGGAGAAUCCAUUCAGCUGUGUCUUCUGUGGAAAGAGUUUCAGACAGUCAUCCACCCUUAAUGCACACCAGCGAGUUCACACUGGGGAGAGACUAUUUACCUGUUCUACGUGUGGGAAGGGAUUCCCUUGGUCAUCCCAACUGCUUACACAUCAGCGGGUUCACACUGGGGAGAGACCGUUCACCUGCUCCGUGUGCGGAAAGGGAUUCACUCGGUCCUUCAACCUAAUGUUACAUCAGCGAGCUCAUACGUGUCAUCAGAGUUUGGAUUCUGCUGUUAUUGAUCCUGCUGAUCAGAUCCAGGAAUAAUUAUCUGACAAUACUUGGGUUGUUUCGACUGAAUGUAACAUCUAUAAUUGUCAUUUUUGUUGAAAGCAACAUCUGUGAUCUUUCUCCAUAAUGCAUGAUCUUAUCUACAGGAUCAAGAUUAAAAUUAAAUUAAAAACCUUAACUUGAUCUUUGAUGAAAGGUCUACAGUUUGGUGUCUGAAUCAUUCCACUGUUCAACAUAUCCAAUUAGAAAUGUUUGAUAAACAAUUAAUCAUUGCUGACUAUUCUUACUGACUUUCAUAUUCUCCACAGCAACACCUUUUGUAAUCAAAAUUGAAGUGUUAAGGAGCAUGAAACAAAAUAGUGAAAUAUUUUCCAGACACAUUCAAUCAAAGCUUCAUCAAUCAACAUUGAUGCUGAUGAAGUUUUGAAGUCACUGGUUUCAAUCUUUUAUGACACAGAAGCAGCAGCAGUGUUAAGUGAAAUCUACAAGCAGUGGAGUAGUGAUUUCAGCAUGGAUUAGGAGCCUCUAUGCUUGCUCAGCCAUAGGUGGCCCAGUCCAGCUCAGUGACAAGGGUUUAUUGUCCAAUUUAGCCAUGACAGCAAGCUGCAGGUGAGUGUCAGAUGGAGACUGGGAGAUGACCAAUUGUGUGCAG